AUGCCAUUUCCUUUCGUAUUGCCCACAACAUCCUACCUCUCCUUUCCAGAUUACUUCAACAGCGGUACGCAUCCCUCGCUUCCACUCACAGCGACCAUCUGCCGCGGUGUUGUUCGCGAUGCGCUCAAGAAGCAUAAGCGCCUCCCACCGCAAUCGCAAGCCUCAAAUCUCUCAAAUGUCCUUGCAGCCCUGAACGAAUACAUCCCCUACAUCUUCGCGCUCGAUGCCGGACUAACCGGUGCUCCCAUAAACGACGAGGAAGUCGACGUCGUGCUGGUGAAAGAGCUAGAGGUUCAAUGGCGCGCGACGCUCACGGCAACACUCCCGAGUCGAGAACCCCCCCGGAUCAAGCUCAAGAGCCUCGAAGCCGAGCUCUUCUUCGUAUUAUCGACACUCGCCUACACGUGCUCCCUACUCGCCCGCAGCCAAUUGCGUACCCUCUUCGACGCGAUUCUCCCCUCGCCUGAACAGCGCGCAGCGGCUAUCGCAUCCGCAAUGCGGUACCUCCUCGACGCCAACACCACCCACACGUACCUCGUCCAUCGCUCCAGCCAAUGGAGCUCACCACCCGCCGCAGUAGACAUAUCCGCGCCGGUGCUCAGCGCAUUGGCCUCGCUCACAAUGGCGGAAGCGACGCUCAUUGCUGUGCUCAAGGACGACCCCUAUCCGGCCGUUGUGGCAGAAGACCGCAACGAGAACUCCAAGGACUGGAUGUUUAAGAAUCCCGAUAUUCCGAAGGUACGGGCACACUUGUUUGCGAGGCUGUGUCUUGCGGCGGCGGAGCAUGCGGCGAAGGCGCAGGGGAUGCUGGGAAGGGCGAGCAGGGUUGAUGAGGGGCUGGUGAGGCAUAUCGAUGAUUUGAGGCGGACCGCGCGGGGGAAGGCCUGUCGGUUCUUCGGCAUUGACGCUGAGCUUGGGGGUGAGACGGGGAAGGGGAUUGCAUGGUUGAGGGCUGCGAGGAAGGAGAUGGGAUUCCUAGCGGCCAAUGGAGAUGAAGGGAAGAAAUCAAGGGGCUUCUCUAAACUCAAGAAGGAGUGGGCGGAGAGGAGGGAGGAUAGGAAGAUCGAGAAGGGCGGAGACUGGGGAAGUGAUGGCGGGAAGUUCGAGGAGGGAAGGAUCGUGGACAUGCUGGAGAAGAAGUGGGUCAAGGCAAAUGAUACGAUGAACGUGCAACUCAUCCCUUCGUCGGAGCCUUUGCUGGCGAGCAUGCCUUCUGGGCGCGAAUACCAUACGCAGAAGCCGUUCACAGUCCCGAUGCUGGACGUAGAUGUCAUUGCUCGGAUGAGAGCACCUCCUGAUCCCAGUGAUGCCGUGUUUAAGGGCAGCGAGGAAGAUAGUGGUAGCGACGAGGAGGGCAGUGGGACUGCACCUGUAGGCGCCUUCCCAGGCACCAGGGCAGAGUACUCAGGGAGCAAUGCGUAUUUUUGA